GAGGAUCCGCGCUCGCGCUGGCAAUGUUGAAAGAGAGGAUGCGCUCGCGCUCGAAGGAUCAGGACGAAGGAGUCGCAUAUACUGUGCCAGAUCUAAAUUAAAGAGAACUUGCUCAUAUUAAAAGGAAACCCUAGCUUUGCACGGAACAUGGCAUCAAAAUGUCCCAAAUGUGACAAAACUGUUUAUUUUGCCGAGAAAGUGACAUCUCUGGGGAAAGACUGGCACAAAUUCUGUCUGAAGUGUGAACGAUGUAACAAGACCCUGAAUCCAGGAGGACAUGCUGAGCAUGAUGGGAAACCAUACUGCCACAAGCCAUGCUAUGCUGCCCUCUAUGGACCCAAAGGUGUGAAUAUUGGUGGGGCGGGAUCAUAUGUCUAUGAAGCACCCGUCAACGACGAUGCUGCCCCUGUUGCCAUGGAAACCAAACCCAAGGCUGAAGAGAAAAAGGCAACCAGGGGUCCAGUGAAGGCUGCAAGUUUCAGUUCGUUCUCUGGUGAGCCGAACAUCUGCCCAAGGUGCAACAAAACUGUAUACUUUGCUGAAAAGGUCAGUUCCCUGGGUAAAGACUGGCACAGACCCUGUCUGCGCUGUGAGAGGUGCAAGAAGACUCUGGCUCCUGGCAGCCAUGCAGAGCACGAUGGCCAGCCCUACUGCCAUAAACCCUGUUAUGCCGUUCUCUUUGGGCCAAAAGGAGUUAAUACCGGAGGUGUUGGCAGUUACAUAUACGAGGACCCAAACACUGAAAGCCAGUCCUAAGAGCCACGAGCACACCAUCAGUAUUAGUAACCUUCAGUAUUAGCCCACUUCUUUUGAAUCUUCCUCUCUUUCUUGAAUCUGCACUGAUCUUAAUCUAUAGAGUGCCACUUACAUACUAAUUCUACUCAAAAUGAGCUAGUAUUACUAAUUACUAACAGAAAUAUAUGUUUAGCCUUUUUUGCUGUAUUUAUGUAUGUUUUUUUAUAUAUAUAUUUUUAAGAAUGUAGUAGAUAAAGAUAUUUGUUUUGUUUUGUUUUUUGUCUGUGAUGUUAAAUUACAGAUUACAACAAAAUUGAGUUUAGAAUAAAACGUUUUUGUCAUUAGUUCUAACAUAUGAUUGGUUGUGUAGCAUUUUAGCACACUUAUUUAUUAUACAUUACUGACACAAACUUUGCACUUAAGAUAUGUUCAUUUAUUAAAAACAAAUAUUUGUAUUUGUAAUUAAAAAUUAUUGUUAAGUGUA